GCCUUUCAGGGAUGGCCGACGCGUACUCUUAUCCUCUGCUCGUUGAGCUCGAAGAAACCAACAUACCCAGAUUAAAAAUUAAGUUAUUAAAAUACUUUCUAAGUGAAGAAUCUAAUGGUGGUGAAUGUGAGGUUGAGUAUGAAAAUGGCAGCAGGACAGCAAUGGUGCACUUCCGGAGAGAAAGAGACCAGCGAAAUGUUCUGGCCAAAGAUUCGCAUCAAAUCAGUUUGGAAAAGAGUGUUUUGAAGCUGACAGUUUGUUUACCCCCUGAAGAGAAAUCAUCACAGGACUCCCCAUGUGAUGAAGACAACGUGAAGUCUGUUAAAAAGACUAUGAAGAAGAAGCAUUCCUUCAAGAAGGAAAUGACCAGAAGUUCUUCUUUUUAUAAAUGUUUGGGAAUAACCUUCUUUGGCAAAGACAAGUCUUCAAGGCCACCAAAAUCUAAAAUCUCAGAUGUUUCUGUGACCAACAAACUGUCAAGUACCGAUGAAAGCAGCACUGCAGCCAAAGUUCAAAGAGAGUCCAAAGGCAAAGAAAACGAUACAGUGGGUGAAGCCCUGCGUUCCACCUCGGCUCUGUUAGGGAAUAUUCCUAAUAACAUCAACCAGGAGGUUUUGAAAAUGUUGGUGGAAAACAUUCUAAAGACUCAUGAUUCAAAAUCUUCCUCCCAAAGCUUCACUUUAGAAGUCCUUCCUGACAUCUCCUCUGCUGUGGUGACUUUCCAAAGUGUAAAAGAAAACACUGAUUUUUUGGCAAGAUGCCCCCAAAACAAGAUGUUCACAAAGAAGGGAUUGUCAGUCCGACCUCUCGAAGUCACCAAUCAAGUUCUAGUUGAUGACAUUCACAACAACAGUGAAGAAUACCUUCAUCUUUAUUUUGAAAAUGAAGGCGGGGAUGUGGAAGAUGUCAUAGUUAAUGAAGUAGAACAGUCUGCCGUCAUCACAUUUAAAGACCAUCAAGCUUUUAAAAAGAUCAUGAAGAGGAAGCAUUACAUCAAGAAGGAAGAGAUCAGAGUUUAUCCUUAUUAUAAAUCUUUGGGAAGGGCCCUCUAUGGCAAAGACAAGCGUUCACUAAAAUUUCCUGCUGCCAUCUCUGAGCCCAUCGACAGCACUGUCCUGAGAUACCUGGCUAACAAAAAAUCAGCAGCACAGACCAUCUGUAGUGAAAUGGAAAAACAAUUUUGCAACAUAACCCUCGGCCAAACUGACACUGUGACCUUGAGUCCUGUAUCUUCUUUACUAAAGCAAAAGGAUGCCAAAGUCCUCAUCAAAGAAUGGAGUGAUACUGUGAAGUCAGCCUUUGCACAAUCUGUGUCAAAGUUCAAAUCCCUGAAGUUCCAUCCAGAUCCAGAGGCAUGGGAAGAGUCUGAGAAAAAGCUCAGAGAGAAGCUACUGAAUGAAGAUGUGAUUGUUGUACCUGAUAAAGCCAGUGGUGUUUUAUCAGUGUCUGGUCUUGUCAGUGACAUCAACAGACUAGAGAGAUCACUUUCUGAAAUUAUUAAUGAGACUGCAAAACAGGUCCACAGGCAGAGGUCCAGUAAAACUGAACAGAUCAAAGUGUCACCAUCAAUUUUCUACCUCCUGUGUAAAGAUGGUCUUGAGGAUAAGCUUCUACACAUGUAUCCAGAACUCAAAAUUUCACCAGAGAGUCCAAAUCUGAAAAUAACUGGCUUAGGAGAAGAGAUUACUAAAGCGAAAGAAGUUAUAUUUAAAGCAGUACUUGCAUUAAAACGAAAUAAUCUGAAAAUAGAUAAUUACGUGCUUGAACUGUUAAAACAUGAGCAACAAGAGAAGCUUACAGAUGCUCUCCUCACAUCUCAUCGGAUAAAUGCAGCAUUCAACAUCAGUGGAAACAGGGUGCAGCUAGUUGCUGUUUCUGACAGAGAUCUGUCUAAUGCUCAAAACCAUCUGACACAGCUGUUAACAUCUCAGUUCAUCAGUGUUGAAGACAGUAAUGUCCUGAAGAAGCCAGAGUGGCAGCAGCUGGUCAGUCAGUUAGAACAAGCUAACAGUAAACCAUGCAGGACUCGAAUCAACACCACUGCUCAACAAGUCGUGGUGUCUGGCUGCAAGGAUAAUGUCAUAAAUGUUGGCCAUCAACUUAAUGACUUCUUAACCCAGAAUGCUCACAUUGAAGUAACUGUUGUGGUCAAAGCUGAUAUUGUCAUUGAAUACUUGAAACAUUUCAACACAAAUUGGUUGGAGAAAGUGAAAGACAAGGUGAAAGUGUCUUACAGAAAUGAGGCCAUCUGUCUGAGUGGUUCUAGGGUGGAUGUGACACGUUGCAAGACUGUGGUUGAAGGUGCAGUCUCUUCUGUAGUCUUUGACAGUCUGAAUAUCUACAAGUGUGGAGCAAAGAAGCUUUUCCAGGAAAAUAAAACUGUGUAUUUUUCUGAAAUCAAACAUAAAACUGGUUCCCUGAUACAACUGGUUGAUGAGACUGGUGGAGGAGACAGCUUGGCCUUCAAACAAGCACCAACACCUUUAUGCCAAUUUAAGACACCUCAAGGAGUGGAAAUAGCUGUUUGCAAGGCAGAUAUGUGCAGUUACCCAGUGCAGGCAGUUGUCAAUCCAUCUAAUCAAAACUUGAAACAUAAUGCAGGUCUUGCAGCAGCACUGUUGAAGGCUGCUGGUCCUCAAUUACAGGAUGAAUGUGAUAACAUAAUUAAAGCAAUGGGACAACUGAAGCCAGGAGACUGUGUCAUAACUGGUGCAGGAGGGCAGCUUUGUUGCCAGAAAGUCAUCCAUGUUGUAGGACCCAAGUUUGACAAAGAUAAACCUCAAACAGCCUGGGCUCAGUUGAAAAAAGCUGUUAAAGGAAGCUUAGAACUUGCAGAAACCAGUGGGUGUGUUUCAGUAGCUCUUCCUUCCAUUGGCAGCGGCCUUGGCUGCUUCCCCUUCAAGCAGUGUGAACUUGCCAUUGUCAGAGCACUGAAGGAGUAUUGUGAUGAAAAAUAUGAUGACAUCACCUUGCAGAAGAUCCAUUUGGUGAACAUUGAUGAUGUUGCUGUUCAGGACAUGGUGGAUGCUGUCAGACAGGAGUUUGGAAAUCUUGGUGUGACUCAUUCUCAACAAACUCUUCCCAAACCUCCUAAACCAUCAGUUUUGCAGCCUACUGGAUCUGACCUGUACUUCUAUCGUAUGCAAACCAAAGAGAGGCUGGACAUCAUUCUUAUAAAGGGAAGCAUAGAGGCUGCCAUGACAGAGGUGUUGGUGAGUAUGAUAUCUUCAGACCUCGACUUGAACAAAGGUGCAGUUUCAAAAGGCAUCUUGCGUGCAGCUGGACCCAAACUUCAGCAGUUAAUAAAUGCACAGGGUGCAAAUGGAAAUGUUGGUGAGGUCAUUGUUACCGAGGGCUGCAACCUAAACAGCAAAAAAGUAUUUCAUGCAAUUGCACCUCACUGGGAUAACGGCCACGGCACAGCAGAAAAGUGUUUGAGUGGAAUCUUUAAGGAUUGUUUGGAGAUGGCAGAAAAUAAUAAUCUGACUUCCAUAUCCCUGCCAGCCAUUGGCCCUGAAAACCUGGGUUUCCCAACAGAUCUCAUAGCCUCUUUGAUGCUGGAUCAAAUCUUAGAGUUUAGCAAAAAGAAACACCCCAAGCACCUAAAAAGGGUUGUGAUUGUACUUCACCCAGGAGAUGCAGAAAUUAUCCAGGCCUUCAGUGAUGCAUUUAAGAAGUUUCCCAAUGUCUCAGGUGGUUCAAGUUCUACAAAAUGUCAAAGGGGCUUCUUCUCCAAGUUAAUUUCGACUUCAGACAUGCAUGAGACUAAAAUGGGAAAUGUGACUAUACAGGUAUUUGUAGGAGACAUAAUGAAGGAGACCACUGAUAUCAUUGUCAACUCUUCCAAUGAAAGCUUUUCUCUUAUGUCAGGAGUUUCUAAAGCUAUUCUAGAAGCAGCUGGCAAAACUGUUGAAGUGGAAUGCCGCAAUCUUGGUGUCAAGUCCACCCUGGACAUGAAAAUGACACAACCAGGUAAUCUAAAGUGUAAGAAGAUCCUCCAUCUGGUUGGACAGUCCGACCCAGUAAAAAUCAAAGAACUUGUGAAAGCUGUACUUCAGAUGUGUUUGAAAACCACCUAUACUUCUAUAUCGUUUCCUGCCAUUGGCACAGGUCAAGGUAAUGUAAAAGCGAGACUGGUGGCAGAUGCCAUGUUGGAUGCAGUGAUUGAUGUGUUGAGCCAAAACACCUUCAGUCCCCUGACCAAAAUCCGCAUAGUUAUUUUCCAAAAAGCUAUGCUAAAAGACUUCCACAGCAGUAUGCAACAGAGGGAAGCAGCUGAUCCUAAGGAUAAAGGACAGGGGACCUGGGGAGGCAUGAAAGCACUCUUUGGUCUUGGAAAGCAAGAUAAAGAUUUUGACAUCAAAAGUCUCAAAGUGGAUCCCACUUGCUUCCAUAUUUGUGGUGACACACAGGCUAAUGUAGAUUUAGCCAAGAAACUGUUACAUGACAAGGCAUCCCAAGAACGCCAGACCACCAAAAUAGAAGACAACGCCAUCCGUAUGUUCUCUAAAGCAGAUCACCUGAAGAUUUUUGACAUGCAGAAGACCAUGGGCAUAAGCAUAAAGAUAGAAUGCAGUACACCCAAACCCACAAUCACCAUUGAAGGACUCAGCACUGAUGUGCUUAAUGCUAAAGCUGAGAUCAUUAAGAUGAUAAGCAGGAAUAGAGAUGCGGAUAUUCCUGAACACUGGGAACCCGUGCCAGCUAACGCCACAUGUCAGGUUUUUACAGUACAGGCCAAGACAUCAGAAUAUGCUGAAAUCCGGAAGCUGUUCCAGGCCUCGAGCAAUCAUACUGUUACAAAGAUUGAGAGGAUCCAGAAUCCUGUAUUGUGGAAGAGUCUGCAGCUCAAGAAACAUAAGAUGGAGGUGAAAAAUGGUCAUAAGAUGAAUGAAAGACGUCUUUUCCAUGGCACCUGUGAAACAACUGUGCCACACAUUAAUGACCAUGGUUUCAACAGGAGCUACGCUGGAAAGAAUGCUGCAUUAUACGGCGAUGGGACAUACUUUGCAGUCAAUGCUAGUUAUUCUGCCAGUGACACCUACUCCAAGCCCAAUCAGAAAGGAGAAAAGUUUAUGUACGUCUGCCAAGUUCUGACUGGUGACUUCACUCUUGGAAAAAAAGGCAUGGUUGCACCACCGGUGAAAAACACCAGCUCCACUGACCGGUACGACAGUGUUGUGGACAACAUGGCCAAUCCAGACAUGUUUGUUAUCUUCCACGAUGACCAUGCCUAUCCUGAAUAUUUGAUUACAUUCAAAUGAUGCAGCCAAUCAGCAAGAUUAGAAAUCAAAACUUGACCUACAUCAUUAAAGUGAACCUAUUAUGCUAAUUUUCAGCUCCAUACUUUUAUUCUUGGACUCUACUAAAGUAGCUGUAUAUGAUUCACAGUUCAAAAUAACCUUUAUUUACUGUCCUUGGUGGAUCCCUUUGAAUCAUCCUCUCACCAAAAUAAAACAAGCUUUUUAGCUCCCUUCCUUUUUAUCCAACUUCAUUCAAACUAGCUGAUCUGGCUUUUAAAUUUUUAAACCUUUAACCUUUUGUGCCCGAAGUCAGAAAAUCAGGGAUUACUUGAUGCUUAAUAUGAGCAUCUAUCAUUAUAACAAUAUAUGACACAAAAUAAUAUAAAAGCAUAACAGGUUCACUUUGACCUUUUGCUAUUUGUUAACACACAUUUUAACACACAUACCUGGUAUAAACUUGCAAUGACUACAGUAUGAUGUAACUGUUGUUUCUUGGAUUACAGUCAUCACAAGGGUCAGUUAUUGUAAGAUGCAUUAUGUGCCUUGAAAAUUAUUAUACUGUAAACUUACGGUUAUGUAAGCAGUAAUCACUCAACUGAAGAAAAAGUGUUCAAAAACCUAAUUUGUUAAGCUCUUUGUAUGCUUAUACACUGGUUUUUAUAAGUACCUUCUCUGUUCAUGAUGAUAAAAGUGUGUCUGUUAAUGUGUAGCUCCGAUUAGAUAAGAAUCACUUCUAGAUUUGAAAGAAAAACUCAAAUUUGCUGCUGUUUAAGUAAACAGGCUCACAUAAAUAAUCAAGCAAAACAAAUGUGUUGAAUGUUUAGUAUAUAAUCAAUUUAAAAUGGCUUACUUAAACUUCACUUAGUCUCUAGUUUGUGACUGUUAGAGAAGCAGUUUUGGUAAGAUUUGACCUUAAAUUUGGAUUUUUAAAAAAAUUAUCAUUCUUGUCCAAACAGCAUCUGUUCAAUGUUUUUAGUCAUUUCAUUGAAUAAUCAUAAAUAUAUUUUAAUGAAAUACAUGUAGA